AUGCCAAUUUCACUCCUUCGGUUAGUUGCAAUGUGCACUACUUUUCGUCUCUCUUUUGGUGCCCCUGCACCUGUCGUCACUUCUCGAACCUCAAUACCUUGUAGCGAGUCUCUACAAUCUACCUCCUCCACACCAGCAAGCUUGGGCUACUCUUAUAGCAAUGCGACCAGUAGUAUGCCCUCUGUAUCACCGACCCCUUACCCAUCCUUAGCUGUCUACUCAAUUUCCACCGACACAUCCACGUCUCUUCAGUUGUAUGCACCAGUCAGCAGUCCAACUCCUACUCCCAUCGAGACUCCAAUUCCAAUUGAAACUCCCACGCCCAUCGAGACACCCACGCCCAUCGAGACACCCACGCCCAUCGAGACGCCGACACCGAUUGAGACACCCACGCCUCUGCCCGUUCUCUGCAAUGUCGUGAGCCCCAGAAUACUCACCGUAAUACCCCAACGCAAUAUUCGCAUGGCGAGCGGCGCCCCAUUUGAUCCCAAUCUCUGCCGAAAUUUCUGCCGCAGCCUGGGUACCUGCGCCAGCUACGGGGUCACUGGGCCAUUCUGUGAACUACACGCUCUCCCUGUUGCGCGCAUUGUAUGGACUGGCAAUAUGGAUGAGCCGCGUACAAACGCUGUGUAUACAUUCUCCGAUCUAGCGUGUGCGUAA